CUUUCAUUAUUGGCUUUCUCUUUCCUUUCCGUCUAUCUCCCUCCUACAGUCUCUCUCUCUCCAUGGACGGCUCCUUGUUCCGACGGUCAAAGAGGCGAAGGGCGUCAUCUACUCAUCUUCAUAUGGUGUGCAAGAAGUGGUGAAAUCACCUCUGAUGGAGUCAAAUCUGGGCUCCACUAAUGGUAUGCCUGAAGCUUCUGAGGAGUCUCCUGCAACUUCCAUUGAUGUGAAUGUAGUUCUAGAGGAUGAUAAGCAUAAGCUUGAGCAGAGAAUCUUGACUUUAGAAGGGGAAAUUGUGAAUUUGAGACUAAAACAAAGAUCUUUGGAUGAAAAAAGAAGAGAAGCAUUGAAUAAGAUAAUAGACAUCAAAGGAAAUGAAGAUGGCAGGAUUCAAAAUGUGGUUCAAGAUAGUCCAAAGGAAAGCUGUCGGUGAGAUUGGACUUGGGGACAUCUUGAACUUGCAUGUUGAGGAUAUUCCAAAGCGCAUGGGGAGGUGUUUGCAUGCCGUAGAUAAUUUCAUGUUGAGCCUAUACUUUUCAGAUUAGAUUUGGUCAUAUUAUCUAAUCGUUUUUUAGUUUGAAUGUUGAGUUUUUUUUUUACAUAGAUGUAAUAAAUACAUAUUUAC